AUGCCAAGUGAGGUCAGUGAAGGAUCAAGGUCACUGAUAGAACGAUUUGGGGUGCUGAUGUACGACCGAACCAGUGAAUGCAUGGAGGUAAACAAUGCCAGGGAACACCUUUUCUCCCAGAAGUCCAGGACUUUGGAGAACAUCCCUCCAACCCAGGCAGCCCUUAAAGAGCACAUCAAGCGGACUUGCUUUCAGGCCAACCUGUGGAACCAGUUACUGGUCUUGGAUCCGAAGAUACCAGAGGCAUCUGACUGGGGAUGGACAAAAGAAUCCACUGGGUGGCAGCCAUUCUGGACAGCUCUCCCUGAAGCAUCAAAAUCUUGCCAUGAGCUAAUCCAGUGUAACUGCCAGAAAGGGUGCACUGGACGGUGCACAUGCGUCAAAGCUGGACUUGCAUGUACAGAGCUCUGUUUUUGUUCGGGAGACUGUGUUAGGGUUCAGUCAUUCACCAUAGCCGUCCCAGAGUCCAGGGAAGUGCAAGGGUACCAGGAUGCAGAGGGAAACAUGCGUGGGACAGGGUCCGAGAACCUCCUAAGACGAGGAUCUGUGGAAGGGAGUCAGCCAGGGGUGAAUAGAUGGGGAACCAGGGGGCUCCACCCAAUACUAUAA